GCUGGGCUGGGUGGGGACCGUGGAGAGGGCGCUGCCAGUCCCCGGAGCGGGGGAAAGGAUGUGAGGAGCCGGGCCGGGACUCUCCCCGGGGCUGGAGGGAACGAGGAGAGUUGAGCGGCUGCCCUUACCCUGCAGCUGCUGAUGGGCGGCCUGGCGGGGCUGGGGGGCCGGUACAUCAUCACCCGGUGUAUCCCCGUAGGCUUUGCUGCCAAAAUUGGAUGGAUUUUAGUGGAUUCUGAAGUAUGACAUCAUGGCAAGAUUUCGCAGAAGAACAUGCAUCAUUUUGUUGCUUUUUAUUUUGUUUAUUUGCUCCAUAAUGAUGGCUUUGAAGACUCUGAGACCUGACAGAGCUGGCUUUGGGGACCCAUUUGGACUUGGUUUAUUGCCUGAGCUUCAACAACGGACAGAGCUCUUAGAGAGUAAACGAAGUUCACUGAAUAGGGUUCAAGGAGACACUGUAACACAGAUCAGUAACAUGCAUGCUGCUGUGGUCAAUACUAUGAAAGCAUCCAUGCCUCCUGUGAACAAGUUGGAAGGAGAGCUGUCUUCUCCUAAUUAUAACUUUCAUAUAUUCUAUUAUAGCUGGUUUGGGAAUCCACAGUUUGAUGGUAAAUACAUUCACUGGAACCAUCCGUUGUUGCCACAUUGGGAUCCCAAAAUUGCAAACAAUUAUCCAAAGGGAAGGCAUAAUCCUCCUGAGGACAUUGCAGCCAAUUUUUAUCCUGAACUUGGAUCUUACAGUUCCAAAGAUACUUCUGUCAUAGAAGCUCACAUGAAACAAAUGCUCUCAGCUUCAAUUGGUGUAAUAGCACUUUCAUGGUACCCACCGGGUAUGGCUGAUGAAAAUGGAGAACCAACUGAUGAUUUGGUGCCUAUUAUUUUGGAUUAUGCAAGCAAAUACAAUCUAAAGGUCACUUUUCAUAUUGAGCCCUACAAAGAUAGAGAUGAUCGCAGUAUGUACCACAAUGUCAAAUAUAUCAUUGACAAAUAUGGAGCCCAUCCAGCCUUUUACAGGCAUAAGACCAGCACAGGCAGAUCUCUUCCCCUGUUUUAUGUUUAUGAUUCUUACGUAACAAUUCCUGAAAUAUGGGCAAAUCUAUUAACUGUAUCUGGAUCCCAGACUAUUCGAAAUACUCCAUAUGAUGCGUUAUUCAUUGCUCUUCUUGUAGAAGAAAGACAUAAGCAUGAUAUUCACAGAAGUGGCUUUGAUGGAAUGUACACGUACUUUGCCACAAAUGGGUUCUCUUACGGCUCAUCUCAUCAUAAUUGGGCAAGUUUAAAAGCCUUUUGUGACAGCAACAACUUAAUGUUUAUUCCAAGUGUGGGACCAGGAUAUAUCGACACCAGUAUCCGACCAUGGAACAACCACAACACACGUAAUCGUGUCAAUGGAAAAUACUAUGAGACUGCCUUUAACGCAGCCCUUUUGGUGAGACCAGAAAUAAUUUCCAUUACAUCUUUCAAUGAAUGGCACGAGGGUACUCAGAUUGAAAAAGCCAUUCCCAAAAAGACUGGACAAAUAGUUUACCUUGAUUAUAAGCCCCAUAAACCAAAUAUUUAUCUAGAGCUCACUCAGAAGUGGUCUGAGAAGUACAGAAAAGAAAAAGAGCAGUGGCUUAUGUGAGCUAUUUCUACUGCAGUUGUUUCUUAGCAUAUUGAAUACAGUGAGAAAGAAAUUGAGAGCUGAAGAAUCUGUUAUGAAAUGCCUUUAUUGUAUGUUUAAAUCACUAUAUCACAUUAAUGUAAAUGCACUACUAAAUUUUGAAGAGUAAAAAAGUGUGAGAAUA